GUCAAGUGAAUUAAUCGAAGUUUUGUUGACACAUAAAAUUCUAUCGUGUGUGCAAAUUGUUUAACUAAAACUUUGAAAAAAGGUUAAAUAUUCCUUGAAACUGUAAAUUAAUAAAGAAUUUAUGUUAAAUUCUUUGCAACAAACCAAAUGUAUAACGCGACCAACACCUGCCACAAUUAGUCGAAAAUUGAAAACAAUGAUUAGACUAACAGAAAAUGACUGGCGAAUAUUUCGCCGCCUACAGCGGAAGCAUAAAGUCUCCACCGAAUUUCUGCGAUAUAACUUGGAAAAUAUCGAAAAGUUCAUAUGGUUUGAAACCUGGCCACGCAUAGUUAUUAAACGUUAUGCGGUACGCAAAGAAAAUCGUGUAUUCAUAAUAUACUAUCGCUUAAGGCGUGUACUAUUCGAUCAGUCGAAUCGUAAAAUGUUUAAGCGUAUGCGACAGAACAUCAAACAGUGGUCUAAACGUAUAGUGGCUUGGCAAAAAACUCAUUUAGGCAUUAAAGAAUACGUUGAAGAAGUGGUCUACGAAGAGGUGUCGGAAAGACAGAAAAAAGAAGAAACUGUUAAGGCAGCAAGUGCCGAACAAACAUCAAGUGGCAGCAGUGAAGAUGUUAGCAAACAAUUGAAACAACAAUUGGAAUUAUUAAAAAAUGGCAGGAGACAUCAGCCAUUAAUUACAAGCAAUUCUCAGCCAAUAGAAACUGCUACAAAUGAGGAGUCAGAGAACGAUGAAGAGAUCAACAAAGUAGAGAAACAAAAGUCUGAUAGGAAUAGUGUAGAUGAUGUUAGGAAAAAAUUAAAAGAACAGUUAGAUAGUUUAAAAGCUCGAAGAGAUGGAACUAACUCCUCCUUAGAUAUAAUGAAGUCAAAUGCGACUAGUGACCGAGAAGAACCGCUUGAUGAUUCAGCAACUAUAGAAACUUCAAGAGAUUGGCAAAUUAACUUGGAAUCUACUCCCGAGAAGCAAAUAACUACCCAGGAAAAUAUACAACCUGUGAAACAGCUGGACACUGAUGAAAAAACUGAAAAAUCUCACACAGAAAUCAGUACACAACAAACUGGUAAACUGGUAAAGACUGGUUUAAAUUUCUUAGACAUGCUUAUGUGCAAAGUUAGUGGCAGUAGCAUUAACACAACCACUCAAACCAGCAAUUCAUCAGCCAUAAAGGCAAAAGAAAGUCUAGCGAGAAUGCCAUCAUGUAGUUCACUCAAAGAGGGUUAUCAACAUCAUCAUGAACAUUCUAUGGAUUCAACGGAUGAAUUUUUAGGUUUUGAUGACUGUGAACGUAUACCCGGUAUGCUGAUGACCCCUAUAGUACCACAUUCCACUAAGAACAACAAAAACUCGGCGUUCGUAAGCGAAUCCUUGAACGAGUACAUGCGUGUCAAUGAUUUGGAAACUAACUAUAGUAUUGAUGAAGACAAAUCGGUAAUAAAGAGUAAAAUAUAUGCCAGAGAUAUGGAGGGACUGAUGACACCCAAAACUAUACCUCCACCCUUUGACAUGCCGGCUGUGCCAGACAAUUUACUCAAGUUUCGUACGGUGGCCGAGAGGAAACAAUAUUUGCAAAAGUUUUCGAAAAAUUAUCGCUUGGCCAUCAUUAACAAUGAGGCUAGCAUUUAUAGGGAAUUGCAGAGGAGAAUGCGCACCCAAAAGGUGAAGAGUGCCAGUCAAAUUGUGGCCCAGUCAACAAACUCUUCUAUGUCCUUUACACGCAACGGCUGGAAUGCAGCUUCUUUCAUAAACACUGAAUUUAAUAAAUACUAUUAUCAAAUUUUAGAUGUUGAUCACGGCUCUUACAAAGUGCGCCUUAGGGGAGCACGUGGCAAUAAUGAAGAAUUUCAUAAGACCCCUUAUGUUAGCCGUGCCAUUAAACCGCCCAAAGAAUGUCCUGAACAUUGUGCAGAUGAUAGGGUUUGGCAAUAUUUGAAGCCCAUCAAGACGGUAGCAGAAAAAACGAAAAAACUCAACAAGGAUCCCCUGCCGGCUGUAUUUAAACCCUGUCCCUUGUCCCAUAAGACCUUCCAGAAACCUUUAGAUGAUGAUACGGCAGCUUUGCUUUUGGCCGGUGGCAGUAUGGCUGUGGUUCGUAUGCCCACUGUUGAAUUAGAAGUUUUUCCUGAGUAUGGCAAACCUUUACAUGAAAUAGCCAAACGUUAUUUACAAUAUAUUUUGCCUCAUCAUGAUAUUUCCAGAGAAUGGGCGGAAUUUAGUGUUUCGACACUGCAACAACCCAAAUCGCUUAAAGAAGUGGAACAAGCAGCGGCCAAGACUUUCACUACGCCAGACUUGAGAAAAUCCUAUACGUUUGUAAUACCAUAUCUCAACGAUCGUAAUCAUAUAUUGGUACGACGUGUUGUUGAUCGUUCGGAGAAGUUAGAUCAAUCGUUUGAAAAAUGUUUGGAAGAUAGAGAAUUGGUGCCAAAAACUGAUUUUUCUUUUCGUCAAAACUUGGAUCAAACUGAUGAUGUACUUUUAGAAUGUGCCGAUGUGGUUAGCGAUAUGAUUAAUACCGUGGCCAUAAGUUGUAGUGAGAACUCUUUUAUUAAAACUGAUCCAGAUGGUGUGAACAAUGGCGAAGCUGUAAAUAGUUUAAGGAAAACCAAUAACAAACCGGAUUCCAAUCAUUUUGAAAGACCAGCAACAGUUGCUUCAGCAGCAGCAGUAGCCGGUAAUAUGAAAAAGCAUAAGAAACAAAAUAGUUUAUUAUUGGAACUUAAACGUCUUAAUGCCACCAUUAUAGAUGCAGCCGUUAAACCCGGAAAUGAUAAAAAACCUUGUUCCAAAGAGUAUUGUCAAAUGGGUUGUAUUUGUGUAAGUCUGGAAGAAACAGCACCAAUGCGUGAACACUGCGGUAAGACAAAAUGCAUGUUGGAGUGUACUUGCAAGUCAACAGCUCAAUCACGUAUAAUGCGUCUCGAGACAGAUGGUCGUACACUUACCACUGAGGAUGCCUUUAUGUUGCGCCGCAAAGCCACCGCCCGUUUAGCACGCAUGGAAAAGGAAUUUACCUCUACGGUGGUACUCACAGAAAAUGAAACUCUACUCAUUAAUGAAACAAACAAUGAUAAAAAACGACGCUGUACUAAAACACCCAAACGCUAUGAAGAUUUCACCGACACCGAAGAUGAACAGCGUAGAAAUUCACCGAAAAAGGCUGCCUUAACAACCAUAGACAAUGAAAAACAUUUAGCCAUAGAAAUCAAAGAAGUACACGAACCGGUCUAUGUUAAGGAUUCCAUUUUAGAACAAUUAAAACAUUGUACGGUUAAUUUAGUGCCAUUACAAGAAAUGGAUAAUAUAGCCCCCUGGUGUAUGGUGCAUAAUUUAUAUAAAUGUUUCUGCAAAGGUCGUGCAGUGGAGGGUAAACCGAUGAUUAUUGAAAAGGAAGAGGUCAAUACCACUAUUGAGCAUGAGGCUGAACAAAAAUUGGAAUACGAUUACAAUGUUAGCUUUAAGGCCAAAUAUACUUUCGAGAAGGUGGAAAAGAAAAAGAAAAAAGUGGAGAAUAAUAGUGAAGCCGAAGAAGAGGAGGAUAUGGCAGCUGAAACUGUUGAUAAUGAUGAACAGCAAAAAGAUAAUAGUGAUGAUAACGUUAAGGAUAAUGAGGAGGAUUGGAUUAAAGAAAGAAAACGCCGUAAACGGGAAAAACUUGUGGAAAAAGCAACAGCAGAAGAGAUAAGUCAAGAAAAGCAAAAAUCAGAUGAAGAUGUUGCUGAUGAAUUAGGAGAAGAUGAAUAUUUAAACGAUUCAAGUAUAAAAAGUGGUCGUAUAGAGAAAAAAUCCAGAAGAAGUUUACAUGAAGUGCGUAAACGUUUUUAUGAGACAAGGGAAGAUAGCUGCCGACGUCAUAUACCCACCCCCAGACGCAUGUUUCUCUAUUGUAAUCGUCGGCGCAGGUUAAGUAUUUUGAAAUUUAUCAAAGAGAAUGAAAAUGAACAAACUAGACUGCUACUAAACGAACAUGUUAUGAGAUCGGUAUAUUAUCAUAAAAUUGAUGCUGAAAAUCACAAAAAGAAUAACAGUGUUGAUGAAUAUAACCUUAAGGAACAAAACGAUGAUGGUGUGGUUAAUGAAGUGGUUGUUGAACAACAGCCUCGACCAGCAAAUGAAAUUUUGGCAACCAGUGAUAAAACACAGAAAAAGUUUUUGCUGGUCAAUGAAGUUGUAGAUCUUUUAGAAGAUGAUGAAGAACUGCCAAGCAGUUCAAGCGCUCUGCUUAAAGAUAGAGAUGAAAAUACUCAAUUAACUUCAUCGAGCACUAGAUCUUGCAGUUCAUUCGAAAAAAUUACACCCGAUUCGGAAACUACAGAGUCUACUAAACACUUCCAAAUCUGUUCUAGUGGUGGAGUUAUAACAGUUAAGAAAUGUGCUAACUUAACAGCAGAGAAAACUAAGGAACAAGAUAAACCCAUACAACCAGCACCAAAGGCAAUUGCUCUUAAUGAAACAAGUGCAGCAACAGAUACUGGAAGCUUGGAAGCCUUAAAACUGCCAAAAAUAUCAAGUUGUUUUUCACUAAACAUUAAAGCUAAUACACAAAAGCCUACUUCUACAGCAAAACUAAAUGAAGAACAAUCUUUAGAUUUCACCUCGGCCACCUCAGUGCACUCGGCUGCCUUUGCUCAAGCACAAAAUCAACAAACUGCAAAUGCCUCAAAUGCUUUAUUGGGGCCUAAUACUACUGCCAAAGAAUCGGGCACUGCUUUCACAUUGGACAUGGAUAAUGAAAAUGUUAGGGAUGUUUAUAAUAGUGUUAUUAAAACCAUGAAUUCUUUGGUUAGCAAAAAGAUGCAGGAUAUAGACUGUGCCCUACAGAGAGAAUCACACAUAAUACCCACCCCCAAUCCAGAUAUUUUAUGCAUCAUGAAAUGGUGCAACUUUCUAGAUGCAUUUUGCGAAGGUUUCGCCUAUGUCUGGCAGGUGAAAAUGAAAGAUGACACAUUUUUUGUGGUAACCAUACGUAAUAUGAUGCCUUUGAUUGUGGGUGCCAUGGGUAUUGUAAAUAUUACCGCUUUAAAGCCGGAUAAAAUGCCUUUAAUGGGCAAAAUGCUGUUGCAGAAAUUCCGCAACAAAGAAACCGAAAAAUUAGCGGUGGUAAUGCAGGGUAAAGAUUCACAUUGGGUGGUUAAGGGUUUCUUAAAAUCUGAUCCCACCAUGGCUUGCAAUAAACCUACACCAGAAACUCAUCCUUCUUUAACGAAAAAAAUCAAUGUUUUAUGUUCGCUGCUGGUCAAGCAGAGACAAAAGGAACAAAAGAAAAAAGAGAAAGUAACAAAUCAAUGGUCGAGCACAAGCUCGCAAAUGAAAGCAACAAAAAUUACUAAACCAACGGCAACGGCAGUAACACAACAACCACAAAUCGCACCAAAAAUAGCACAGAUCAUGCCUACACGUAGAAUAACCACGGUGCAACACACACCCCCAACAACAGCAGCAACACCACAGCAAUUAUUAAAUCAAAAUACAACUUUACUGACACAACUGCAGCAACAACCGAAACCCAUAACGCCACAAAUCUUGACCCCAGAACAAGUGCCCGCCCAAAAUUCUAUAGAUCUAACACCAAAAGCCAACAAACAAAAUGACAUAGAGCCGGGCAAAAUAAUCGCUAAGAUAAACUCACGCAAACGUAAAGUCGAUAUGGCACAAUCGAAUAAUUUGCUAAAAAUGGAUUCAUACAGUAAAAUGAGUUCCAACAUCGAAUUUCGCAGUGUAACACAAAGUGAUCUUAAUGAAAUCUUUUUGCCGGAACUACACAAAUUGGAUCACAAAUGGUUGGUACUCGAUUUACAUAAUGAUUUCUCACAUAUAUUUGUACCAGAUUUUCGUGAUCUUGUUUCGCUGGAUCGUAUACAAAAGGUCAUAAACUUUGCCAGGCAAAAGAGUAAAAUUGUUAAAUUACAAUUCUUUCAAAAUGCUCCCUUCGAUGCUUUUGUUACACCCAAGUCGGGUAGAAAGAUCUAUUUUGGUCCUUUAACUAUGGAUAUGAAAUCGCCCACAUUAAUACUGUUGCAAAGUGUAGAUGGUCAAAUGAUGUUGAGAGAGCUAUAUCAAUUGCAACACAAUAUCGUAAAGAAGCCGGAAGAGAAGACUAAAGCAUUUUGGUUAAUACAUCUUAAAGGAAAGACACAAUUCGAGAUGAAUGUUAAUAUAAACGGAGUAAUAAAUACAAAUGCCGCUGAACCACUAUUGUCGAACGCAACAGGCACAACAAUUUCUUUACAAACUAACGACGUUAAUAAGGAAAUUAUAGCCACAACUGCUAAAACGGCCAAUAAUAUUAAUCAAGAAGUUAAUCCCAAUACUGAGGAAGAAGACGAUGAAGAUUGUAUGAUAAUAGAAGAUGACUCAGAGCAAAAUAUAGAAAGUAUUCCCAGUAUGGUGAGAAACUCUAGUAGAAUUGAUAAUCUUAAUAGUUUAACCGCACAAAUCAAUAACAUAACUGCUGGACCAGCCAUUCAAUCUAUUGUAACAUCUCAAGCUGUAAGCAUGGACACUCCACUGCACGCCACAUCCACACAGUCUUUAUUAAAAGUGCCAAAUACAAAUACCAUUAUAAAACCCUUGAACCCAACAAACACCUCGGCUCCAGUUGUUAUAAAUGUACCGGCAAUGUCGGCAACAAACAAACCCUUGCCUAUAUUAACUUUGCCACCAAAUACCAUAAUAACUGGAAUAACACCAGCCACACCACCCACGCUGGAGGUAACACCAACAACUCCUAUUAUUAAUUUGCCUACAAAUGCUGUCAUAACUGGCAUUAAGACAGCACCACCAGAAGCUCCAUAUAGUUCUACCAUCUUUAUAACAUCCUCCAGUCCUUCAACUCCAGCCGCUACAACUAUAGUAACAACAGCGUCAACUAACACUAUUAACAACCCAACAACAACAGUUUCCACAACUUUAACAUCACAGGCAAAUGAAUUUAACAAUAAAAAGACAAUGAAUAUAACCAGGCAAUCCUUAGAAGCGGGAGCCAUAAAACGCAGGCGCAUUUCAUUGUUUUGCUCGAAUAAAUAUGAUAAAAUGUCGGAAAAUUUAGCUGUCGAUGCGGUUAUUAAAAAGAUAUUACCUGAAAAUGCUGAAGAUAUACAAAUAAAUCCCUUGUCAGUAAGCGAGGAAAUAACUACUCCGCCCAUGUUAACUCCCGAAGUUGUGACAACUGUGGGAUCAACAAAAAUUUCAAAACUACGCCAUAUAGAAACAAAUGCUCUACAACAGGCUAUGGAAACAAACACAACCGCUACACCUAACACAUCUACCACUGCAGCAAAACCUAAGGCACCUAUUGUAUUUGAUGUUAAUUUUAUGGAUGAUGGUGAUGAACCGACAGCCUCGAUUCUUAUAAAACCUAGUAAAUCUGCAGCAGCUGCAACUGAAACCACAAACACAACAACUUUGCCAAUAACAAAUAAUAAAACUGUUACCAAUACAACAAAUUCUCUUAUUAGACAACAACUUAUGUCAACUACAGUUUCGCCAACAAAUCUUUCCACAGUUCCUGUUUAUAAAAAUAUUAAAUUACCCACACGUUUUAAUACAACUACAAUAGCUGUCACUAACAGCACAAAUACGGUAACUAUAUCCAACAAAAGAACAUUAAACAGUCCAGCUACUGGUUCUAUCAAAAGAACAUCAAACAGUCCACCAGUUACUGUGUCCAAUAAAAGAACAUUGAUUAAUUCUAUGCUUUGUACAAAACAACCAGAUAUUAUACCAACAUUUUCAACACCUAGACCCAUAGCACCAAAAACAAAUAAUACUUCCUGCUCUCCAACCGAUGAUAAUUCAAAUCCUUUCCCUUUUAGACGAUCGUCUGUGUCGCUUAAAGUACAGAAAAUAAUUAGUUCUUCUGCAGCAGCCACACAAACAUCAGCUAAACCCCUAUCCACCUCGGCUAUAGUGUCAACAAAUCAACCGACAUCAGCUUCACCUUCAACUUUAACCGUGCAACAAGUACAGGAAAUGUUAAAUAAACCAGCCAUAAGUGUUACUUCAAACAAAACACCAAUAGCAUCACCAGCUGCUUCACCAACAAUGCCCCUACAAAUAUUGCCUGCAAUAAAAGCCACCAUAACUCCAGCAAACUCUAAUGCAAUUUCGUUAACAUCAACAAUUAUAACUCCAGCAUCUUCACCGAUUUCGAUUACCCCCUCUUCUACAUGUACAGUAUCAUCUUCAACAACCAGCACAGCAAUUAAAACCGUAACCACCCCAUCUUCUACAGAAACAACUUCAUUGAAUCCCACCAACACUUUAACCAUAACUAAAGUACAAUCAUUUGGUUCUCCACAGAAACCCCACAAUAGCGAUAAGAAUUCACCAACGUUUACAAAUACUCCCAAAUCAAUUGUAAUCAAUGAUUUGAAUGAUGAUGUACCAACAGUACCAUCACCACCCUCUCACAUACAAUACGGCUAUAUUGUGUCUGCUACUCAUUGUAAUCAGAAGUUUGUUGCUAAACGUGUAGCCGAUGAAUUUUAUGUUAAAGUACCUUCUGUAGGUAUAUUGAAGUUACAAGGUUUGACAGCUGUCAAUAAUUAUCUUAAUAAAUAUAUUAGUAAAACUGGAAAGGAUGGACAAAAUGCAGCUGCAGUAUGGCAGUUUGUGGCCGCUAGCAAGGCUGUACAAAUGCAAAAUCAUCAAAAAAUCGCUGCUUGUACGUAA